AUGACUCCCAACUUGAACCCCCAGGCCUGCAUCUCACAUCUGCCGCGAGUAGAUGGCUCGGCAACGUUUUCAAGGGGCGGCUAUUGCGUGGUUUCGGCCGUCAAUGGGCCGAUUGAGGUCCAACGGCGAGACGAAAACCCCUUCGAAUCGGUCAUUGAUGUUGUCGUACGACCUGCUGCAGGGGUCGGAGGCACGGGAGAACGCCAACUCGAGAACAUUUUGCGGUCCGCUCUUCGCCAGCUAAUUCCCGUCAAGAACUUCCCUCGGUGUCUCAUUCAGGUCACGCUUCAGGUGACUGAGACGCCGCAGAAUGACUAUGCAAACAGCAAAGUAGUACAAGCUCAGUCUAGUCUGUCCCUGCUACCGGCUCUCUUUCACAGCGCCAUCUUGGCCUUACUGUCGGCUGCUGUGCCUUUAAAGGCUAUCGCCACGUGUGCCACUUUGGCCGUCUCCGAGAAGGGUGACAAGAUCAUCGCUGACCCGUCUCCUCUGGAGAUUGACCAGUCAAAAUCGCUUCACGUGGUCAUCUUCACGUCGCAGAACGACCUGUUGUUGUUGGAGAGUGAGGGGACUUUCUCCAUGGCCGAGUGGGAUGAAGUGAUCAGCAAAGGUCAAUCAGUGUGCAGCCAGCACCGUCAAGCGGAGCUAGGUGCGGCCAUGCACGACGACAGCCAAGACGCGGCCGACAUGCAGCAGUUUAUCCGGACCGUCAUGGAAUCGAAGGCUGCAUAA